AUGGAAAAGAAUGCCGCUAUAGAUUUUUCAGGCGAGAAAACGCCCUUUCUUACUUUCAAUAAGGAUACCAAGGACUUUAACAAAAUACAGCAACUUCGCGGGACAAUAUCCAUUGCUAAUCACGAAAAGUUGCAACUUAAAGAAACUUGGGUUAUUUGGGAACAAAAUGCAAUUGCUAGUGGCCAUUCUAAUUCCACUGACUACAAAGACCACACUAAGCCACUGGCCACAUUCAACACAGUACAGGAAUUUUGGAAUAUCUGGUUCUGUAUGCCCCAACCAAGCCAAUUAUACUCAAACAAUAAAACUGGACUGUUGAGGGAUGAUGGAGAGUUUGACCUAGUGGAUGCGUAUAUGGUUUUCAGAGAUAAAAUUGAACCCAUGUGGGAAGAUCCUAUGAAUCGGGGAGGAGGGCAUAUCGAAUACCGAUUCCGCCACUUUGACCAGCAGCCUUUGCUAAUUGACGAAUUUUGGAAUAAUAUUACACUUGGUCUCAUUGGUGGUAGCGUUUCAUUUGGAAAGUAUAUUACGGGACUUAGACUAGUUGAUAAAAUCGCGAGUAGACACCCAAAUUUGAGAAUCGAAGUUUGGUUCCAAAAGCUCGUAGACAUUGAUGUAAAUCAAUUAUGUCAGGAUAUUAGCCAAUGCAUGGCCCGCAAAUUAGAUGGCACUAUUGCUAAGCCCCCCAAGGGUGAGAUCAAAUGGCACUAG